AUGACAGCACCACAACACAGUCCGAACAGGAGCGAAUCAACGGUGGUUGAGCCUGCGCGACACGAUAUUGAAAAGCAAGAAACCUUAGAUGCUACUAACCCGAGUCCCACUGCCCAAGAGGCCUUCGCCGAAACCGAUCUCAGCCGUGGAAUCGUGGGAUGGGACAGUCAAGACGAUCCAGCAAACCCGCAGAAUUUUGCAGAGGGCCGCAAAUGGGGUCUUCUUCUCCUUAUUAGCGGGUUCACUCUUAUUUCCCCUCUUGCGUCAAGCAUGUUCUCUCCGGCGAUCAGCUAUAUGGCUGCCGAUUUCCGUGAGACCAAUGAAACCAUCCUGUCCUUCACGGUCAGUGUCUUCUUACUAGGAUAUGCGUUCGGCCCCUGCCUCCUUGCACCACUCAGCGAGAUAUAUGGCCGCCGAAUCGUUUUCAGCAGUGCCAACUGGUUCUUCGUGAUAUGGCAGAUUGGGUGUGCGCUGGCCCAAAAUACUGCGACCGAGGUCGUAUGUCGCUUUUUCGCAGGCGUUGGAGGAUCGGGCUGUCUUACUCUUGGUGCUGGGGUAAUCGCAGACCUGUUCCCAGUCCACCAGCGCGGUAAAGCCACGGCAAUCUGGGCUCUAGGGCCGCUCCUAGGCCCUGUUGUUGGUCCCAUCGCUGGUGGAUUUGUUGGCGAGGAAAUUGGCUGGCGCUGGGCUUUCUGGAUUGUGAUGAUUGCGGGUGGGGUUAUGGCCAUAGCGAUUGAGCUUCUUAACCAGGAGACCUGUGGCCCUGUCAUAAUCAAGCGCAAAACUGUGCGACUGUCUAAGGAGUUAGGGCGCAGUGAUCUCCGCAGCGCAUAUGAGACCAGCGCUGACAGUGCCUCUGUCGGGACGGCCUUGAAGCACGGCCUUAUGCGACCUAUUCUGCUCUUCUGCAAGUCGCCUAUUGUCUUUCUCCUCUCUACUUACAUGGCCCUCGUCUACGGACUUCUCUACCUAUUCUUCACCACGAUUUCAUCAGUGUUCACCAGCCAAUAUGGCUUUUCCACAGGGCUGUCAGGACUGGCAUACCUAGGCAUCGGCAUCGGCUUUAUCUGCGGGCUGAUAUUCAUGGGCCUAACCAACGACAGAAUGCUCGUCAGGUCAACCGCAAAAAACAACGGCGUGUUUGAGCCCGAGAUGCGCCUCCCUCUUAUGAUCAUCUUCGCCUGCAUCUUGCCUAUAACGUUCUUCUGGUACGGCUGGACCGCCGAGAAACACGUGCACUGGAUCGUGCCUAUUAUCGGAAUGUUCCCAUUCGGAGUCGGCAUGAUGGGCGUCUAUAUGCCUAUCCAGACUUAUAUUAUUGACUGCUACCCCCGGUAUGCAGCAUCUGCAAAUGCAUGCCUUACUGCGACGCGGUCUUUGGUCGGCGCGCUGCUUCCUCUAGCGGGCCCGGCUAUGUUUGAAGACUUGGGUCUGGGAUGGGGCAAUUCUCUACUUGGGUUCGUCGCGCUGGCGUUUGUGCCUAUUCCCAUUGUCUUCAUUAAGUACGGCAAGGCGAUCAGAGAAAAGUGGCCUGUCAAUCUGGAUGGAAAGCAGAUUUGA